GAGACGCAGCGUCAUGACGUCACCCCUCCCUGGUGGCAUGGCGGCUGCUGGGUGAGAAUGUGGGCAGUGUGUGUGUGAGAGGGAGUGUGUGUGUAAUGUAGAGUGUGUGGAGUGUGUGAAUCAGGGCUGUGGGAGGAACGGUUCGCGGGGAGGUGAAGAUAAAGCGGCUGAUGUCUGAGGAGAAUUAGCUGACAACUGAACCCAGAAAUGGAGCGGCAGCGGCGGCUCUCCAGCGCGGCCGAGCUGCUCUCCAACCAAGAUGGCGAGCGGUCCGACGGGGACGAGGAGCUGGCGGCUGGGUUUGAGGACGUUUCCGAGACGCACAGGAGCCGCGGGUCCGACGCCAAGCCCGGGGGACCCUCUGCGCUUUCUAACCGGCUGGCGGACGAACCCCCGCGGCUCAGCUUUCCGAGGAUACCGAAGAGGAACAAGGAGAAGAGAGCUCUGUUCCAGUGUUUGAACUCAGUCUCCAGAGAGUUUGGUGAAAUAAUGAAAACCAUCACCUCCAGCUACAAAGACCCUUCUUCAGCUGGAAACUUCAUUUACACCAAACCUCGCCUGGUCCACAGUGAACUUCUGGAGAAAGAGUUCAUAGAGAAGAGGAAAGAGCUGAAGCAGGAUGGACGCACAGAUAAAGAGCUGGCUGAGGCUUUCUGUUUCCUGCUUUGUGACGCCCACAAGGUUCCUUUGGUGUGUGAGAAGGGUUUGUCAGUUGGCAGCAGCGGCUGGUUAAACAUUUUAGGAAAUCCAUCUAAAGGAGUUUACCUCUCUCAGUUCUCUGACUUGCUCCAAGCUAGUCCCCAUGAGCCUGGCUUCACUGGAGAGAUGAUCAUCUUUAAAGUCAUGAAGGGUAAAGUGAAAAGCAUACACGACAACAUGUCGAGAAUGUUGGACCCCACGCCCAAAUUUGACAGUCAUUUCUCCAAGAAUGCCAACCGGGUGACCUCCCUACAGUCCUUCAGAGCGUUCGAGUACACUCAGCAAUACUUCUACGAGUAUGUUGAUUUUGAGCUCACGUCGCGGCCGAGGCACGUGUGUCCGUACGCUGUGGUUACCUUUCAGUUUAAAGGCAAAGAGUCGAUAACGGUGGGUCCCAACCCCCUGCCUCUGCAAAGGUCAGAGAGCUUGCCUUCUGGAACGGGUAGAGAGAAGUGUGGUUACGUGGUUUGGAAGGGGCAGUUUGUGAAUGGAGGAAAGGAAGUGUACCACACGAGUCUUCGCUCCCUCUCUCAUCCCUUCCUGCCGUUCAAGCUGCCUGAUCGAGUGGAGAUCGGGAAGGUGAUGAAGCUGGAUCAAGUGAAGGGGAUCAUUUCUUCUUCCUUUUUCUCCUGGGAUCUUUACUCAGGCAGCCAUGAAGUGUUUAAGAGAGGGCUUCACUGCAGUCUGUUUGAGGUGGUGGUGGAGAAAAGCAAAUCAGCGGAGAACCUGACUUUACUGUUCCAGAAACUAGAAGAGCAGGGACUGGUGUUUGUGAAUUCCGUGAAUGACAGCGGUUUCCUGUUCCUGCUGUCUUCAAACCAAAUGUCCAACUCAAGUGAACGCCGGAGCGGUUGGAAAAAAUCCUGUGGACAAGCUCUUUUUAUUUAUCGUCAUUCUCGGGACGUGUCGCAGUUCUCAUCUAAACCCCCUGCAGAUGGCACCUCUCUGCUACCAGUUCCUCAGGACCCUGUAAUGCCACAUCUAGAUAGCUUCAUCCCAGCGUUCCACUACGCCCUCAGCAAGGUGCGCAGUAACCCUCCGUCUAACCUCGGCUCAGGGGUGGAGCAGCAGGCCCACGACUACCUCAGCAGCCUCCGCGAGGGCAAACUCGUCCACCGGGUCCGACUCGACUACGACCACAAGCUGGACGAGCGGGAGAAGCUGUUCCCCGCCCCCAGGCAGAAGUACAACUGGGAAAACUACGUGCGCUCCUACUUCUUCAGCCCUCACCUGUUCACCAUGCCUGUGGAGAAAGCUAAGAACAUGGUGGAGACGCUCCGCUACAUUCCACCAGAGUCGAGUUCGGACAUGGAGGCCACAGGUGGCAUCGAACCUCAUCAGGACCCUGAGAAACUGAAGCAGCUUCUGAAACUCAUUCAGUUGAGUAAAGACCAGAAAGUGGCCAAGAAAGAGAGCGAUUCUGAGGAAGGUGCCUCGGAAAGUCACGGCCUGAAGAGGAAGAUAGAAGACGAAGAAAACGAGUUGAGUCCAAAGUGUCAGAAAACGAGUUCGCUUAACAACGGGAAACCUGGAGAAAGUAAAGCUGUGGAGCUCCAGUCCUGCCAGUCUCUGGCUGACGUGUUGAGCAGCGUCGGCCUUCACGACACGGACCUCAGGAAGGACAAGACUGAGGGGGCGUUAAAGGUGGUGAAGUUACUGGACAAGCUCACAGAGACAACUCAUGACACAGACCUGCGGAAGGAUAAAGCACAGGGUGCUCUGGUGAUGAAGAUGCUGGAGAACCUCAGUAAAACAUUAGCAGGCUCAGCUUUAGCCAGCGCUGAAGGAACCAAUCGUGUGGAGAGUACUGAAGACACUGAAGCCACUCUACGGGACAGCAUGACCAAACUCGGCCUCCCCACGAACUGCGACAUCGACCUGCGGAAGCGAGCUGCAGACGACGGCGAGACGCAGGGGAAGAUUGACCUCGAGAAGACGCCUGGAAGAGUCCGGGCAAAGAGAGAACAGGUGGAGGCGAAAGAGGAAGAAACAGCUGGAAGUCUGAGCAGCCUGGAGGCGUUUAGUCCGUGCUCAGAUACGAACGGACAGCAGCGUGGAGUCAAUUUACUUGGAGAAAAAUCCAUCCCUUGGGUGCUGAUUCCCAUAACAGGUCUGAAGACUGAGAGAUACACCCGCAGAAGAGAUGACAAUCUGGACGACCCUCGGUAUCUGCAAAGCCCAACGAUUUCCACACACACCAGCCCCGAGAAAAAAGACGUUUCCUGUUCGGAUCAGCCCGACAGCAGUAACGUGUUGACUGAGCCUGAGGCGGAGGCGGAGAUGGAGGUGGUGGAGGAUCAAGAUACCAACCUCACAGAUGAACUGAAAGUCUCUCACAGUCAGGAGCAGCGAGGGACUUCACAUAACGCUGUGGACUCCAUAGUAGAUGAUCAAAUCUCGGGCUUCUCCAACGAGGUGGAGGACCUCUUACGAGAGGAACGUGUGUACUACAUUCCCUAUUCUAGCUCUCACGCACACAGAGACCCCCCACGGACUCCUGUGGCACCGUUCUCAGAGUAUGUCUCGCACUUUUACACCCCUUUACCUGUGCACAGUUACAUUAACUCAUUCAGAGAAAGCGUUAGUGCUUACAUAGAUCCUCAGCUGAGAAAAUGGGAAAGCACAACACACCCAGUUUCACACGUUUCUUCUCCUGCACACUCUAGUGUUUCUUCUUCUGCUCCAGACGUUCUUCCUUCCUCUCCACUUGUUAGCGCACCACUGCACUCUCCCAGCACUGUCCCCGUCACAAGUCUAGCUUUAGCUUCUAGCCUAGUUACCACUAGUUCCACUUCCAGCACUCACACCCCAAUUCCUUCUUCUAGUCCAGCGCAGGCUAAGCAAGAGCAGGGAGGUCUACCUCGCCUGGACGUCUGUAAAGAGGUCCACCAGCCAGCUUUGCAAGAUAUGCAAAGAGCGAACAAAGGACAAAGGCAGGCAGAGCAGAGCUCAGUGAGAGGUAGGAGUCUCUACCAAUCCCAUCAGAGUCAAGGUGAGCCUUCAAAUGGGUCCAUUAGCAGCCUUACUGUGGAAGCCCAGUCUCGCUUGGUCUUGGGUGCAGGAGAAAGUGCGGUUAAUGCCAGGCCGGCGAUCGGGAGCCUGGCUGUGGAUCCAGCUCCAGCUGAUAUCAGCAGUCUCCUCAGCCAGCUGCAGCCGGAAGUCAUCAGCAACCUGGUGAAGAUUAUCGAAGGCGUCCAGAAGAACACCGUCCACUUCUACACCCAUUCUGCCGAGGAGGAGAGUGACGUUUGUUGGGAAAUAAAGGAAUACCUGAAGAGGCUCGGGAAUUCUGAGUGUGAUCCUCAGACCUUUAUUGAGAAAAAAGACAAUCAAGACAAGCUGCUUAUAAUCAUCCAGAACAUCGACAUCGCCGCUCACGUUCACAAGAUACCUGCUUUAGUCUCCCUGAAGAAGCUUCCGUCAGUAAGCUUUGCUGGAGUAGACACUCUGGAUGAUAUAAAGAAUCACACCUAUAACGAGCUCUUCGUUUCUGGGGGAUUCAUCGUCUCUGACGAAUUCGUUCUGAACCCCGAUUUCAUCAAACAGGAGAGACUCGAAACUCUUCUCCAGUAUCUUGAGGAGCUGAACACUCCAGAGAGUCCGUGGAGGUGGAGAGUGCACUGUAAAACACACAAGAAGGUCAAAGAGCAAAGCAGGUGUAACAGUGAGGCUCUGAGUAUACUGAACCUCCUGGCGAUGUACCACAAGAAACAGAUAGUGGAGUUCUUGUCGUAUCAUGAGUGUGACGGUCAGUCCCGCCAAGCUCCUGACCUGGACUGUCUGGUGAAGCUUCAAGCUCAGAACAUCCGGCAGCGUCACGUUAUAUUUCUCACAGAGCGCAGAUUUGAGAUGUUUCCUCAUUACUCCAGCAGUGGCAUAGUUAUCGCAAACAUCGACGACAUACUGUAUAGCAUGGCCAGCCUGAUUGGUGAAGCCUGUGAUAAAAUCCCCUCUGCAAACCUGCAGUCCUGUCCUGCGUCACCAACACUGCGUGAAGAGGACAUGAGCCUGUGUUCUGAAACUGAUAGUACAUCUACCAAACUGUCCAACCUCACUGGGGGCUGCACAUCUUUUGCACUGGAUGCAGAAUCUGGUCUUCUAUCCGAGCCGUACUCGUGCGCACCUGAUCACGCGGCCGUGAGCAAAGCAAAUGAAGCAGCAGCAGUAGCAGCUUCUGUGCCCUCGCCUGUUACUGAGGCACCACAGGAAUUAGACUUUGAAGCUUUGAAGGCGGCGAUUUCUCUGUUUAGGGAGUCAAAAAUACAGGAGCACUCUUCACACGGCCAGCUAUCGCAAGGGACCUUCAGCGUCAACCCUCACCAGAGCUUUCUCAGUCAGAGUGAGGAGGUUCCCUCGGGGAGUAAUAGUGGAACGACGAUAACGAUGGAAGAAUCGCUAACUGAAAAGUUAAUGACACAUCAGUCAUCAUCUUCAGAAGCUGCCAACAUGGCCCAGAUUGGCACUGAAGCUAAAGAUGAAGCAGAAGCUAAAGCUAAAGCUUGCUCAGGCACGAGCGCUGGCCUGAACGAUUCAGAAGGAAACGCAUCUACAUCUACCUUCUCGUUUUCCAGCAACGUGCAACUCGCCUGCAGUCAAACAUCCAACCGAGAUCAAGCCAUUGCUACUACUACUACUUCUUCUUCUUCUUCUACUACUACUACUUCUUCUUCUUCUUCUACUACUACUGCUUCUAUUUCUAAACCCCAGAUAAGUCCAAAUCUGACCAGCGAGACUCCAACAGACUCCACCCAGGAAAACACGGUCAUCAAAAGUACAACAGAAGUGUCCACCUCCAGUUCUUCCAUCACCCAGUCAAUCAAGGACACUUCCAUAAUUGCCACAAUGGCCAAUGCCAAGCACAACACCAACGCUGGUCUCCUGCCAGUGCCUGGAAGGAUGGCGGCCUUCAGCGUGAACAAUGCUUUAGUCGGUAUGGACCGGAUGUUGCUGCAGAGCAGCAGCAGCACAUUGUGGCCUCAAGGUUCUGUAGGUCUGAACAGCCCCGCACUUUCCUCCCAAAACGCUGCUAUCGGACUGAGAUCGGUGACCAACAGUCUCAGUAUGGUCACGCAUUCGGGCGUACGGGGGCUCAUGCACAACAACAACGUGCACAUGGCCUGGAACAGCCUGGCACAAGGUGCGGCGGCGGCGUCAAGCGUUUGGGGCGUUCAGCACAGUAUGGUACUGGGACAAGUCCCCCGGACUCAGUUCCUCCAGAACUACGCCUGGCAGGGCAACCCCGCCUACCAAGGGAACAGGUAUCCUCCUCGUAGAGGAGGCUUUGGUGGCUGGUGAGCCAAACCGUGCCCACCGUGCCAGCUGUGCCUGUAAAUAGUUUAAAUAUCAAAGUCUGGCUGUUUUUUCAUUUUUUCUCAAUUUUCUGUUUGAGGAAGACAAAGCAAGACAAACUAACGUAAAACAAAGCUGUUCUGUAAAAAAAAAAAAAAAAAAAAAAAAAAAACCUUGUCUCAUUUCAUACUUUGUACAGAUCAUUAUAUUUGUAUUUUGAAAAUUUUGUUAAAAAAACAAAAAAAGGUUGGAUUGUCUGGUUUACUUUUCAUUUUGGGGAGAAAAAAACACUACAGGCAAGAAGAGUUGGUCUAAGGCCCUGGUUUUAAAGUUAAUAUUAUUUUUUUAAAAACAAGCAAACUGAACAAACUGUAGCAGCUGUUUGUUAUUCGUCUCUCAGCAGGGAGUCAUUUUCUUCAUUUGUGCAUAAACCAAAAUAAACCAACAUUUGAAUUUAAA